AUGUUGUUUGAAAUAAAACCCUAGUAAACCAAUUAUAUUAAUGAACCAAAAGCAAUUAACUUUCCGGAUUAUCUGACUAAUAUUAUUUAGAUAGUUAAAAGGUUUUAUACCUUUAUUCUGUCUAUAAUGAGGAAUUUUUAUAAAAAAGAGUUAAAUACAUCAUUUCUAGAUAAUAAACAAUAUUCGGAGAACAAUUUUUUUCAUAUCCCAUUUUGUGGAUGAAAUUCAUAUUCACUCUAAUUCCAAUCUAUAAAUUAUAUCUCCCUCAAUCUUAAAAACGUAAAAAUUAAAUUUAUCUUCUAUCUUCUAAGUUAUAUAUGAAAUUAAGUUAUCAAAGAGGAUAUAUACUCUAAAAAUUAGAUCAAGAAAAAAUCAUUAAUUUUAAGAAAUUACCAAUCAAAAAUUGUAAAGAAAAAAACACAUCAACUCAAACUCAGCUAUUAAGAUUAGUUAAAAGGAUCUAGAGAAAAAUUAGUUUAAUAAUGACCAAUUCAAUCAAUUUAUUUACCUCUUGGUCUUUGUAAUCAAUAGAAAUCAAUAUCCAUCUUAGUACAAAUAAAUAAGCUUUUGAAUCCUAAAAGUUGUAUCAAUGUGAAUCAAACUAGAAAUUUUAGAAUUAAGUCAUAAAAUAUUAUAGCAACAAUGAAAAAUGA